UCCAUCCAUAAACCGCUAGUCUAUAUAUUAGCGAGUGGGUUUCUGAAAAGUCAUUAGUUUCCAUCUACGAAAUUCUAAAGUAAUCAGUUUUAUCUUUACAUAAACAGAAAAUGAAACUUCUUUUUUGUGUUGGUGUUCUUGUCAUCAUGCUUUUUUCCAAUUAUAUUAAAAUAUCAUCAGGUAUGCGACGUUACGAAGGUCCGCCUAGAGUCCCUAUAUCUCGAAAUCCUGAUCAACAAGUAAAUCACGAAAAUAGACCUAAUUUUCAACAAAAUAAUCCAUAUAUCCAAAACAAUCAGCUAACUCAAGUGCCCCAAAUAAUCCCGGCCACUAAAUCCCUAGAUCUAGCAGCGCAUGAAGCCCUGUAUCAAAAAUAUUAUGCCAAUUAUCCUCAACCUCCACAAGAGAAAGAUAAUGCAGCUUACACUUUGUUUAAACAACAUUUUGGUGAUCAUUCACCUCCAGCUAAUCAGGUUAAUCCUUUAGCUUCUGUACCUCGCAAUAGCCGACUUUGAAUGAAUUUUUCUUAGUUCCAACUU